GCCUCGCUAUGGGUAACCAGUAUGUGAAACCACCUAGGGAGGGUAAUUCCCCAUAUACUCGGUCAGGAAUACCACCUCCUGCCCUGAAAUCCGUCUCUGACAAACCAGUCCAUAGAUUUAAUGACCCGAUGUCCUUGGAACUGCACAUGGCGGACGAACGUGUCAGAGCUGCCGGUCUUAGUCCAGCUGAGAGGGAAUGGCGAAUGAAAUGGCUAAAAGAUCAACAUCUGCACCCUGAUGAGCCUAUCGUCGUAGAUGCAGUACAUCGUCAGCUGAAUCCUCUGCGUAUAAUCUAUAGGUGGCCUUGGGACAAGCUUUAUCUUCACUUCCUCAAGCCAACGUUUGGCGUUUAUUAUGGGACUGUCAUUCGAGUCACCGUACCAAAGCUCUUCAUGGCCUUUCUUGUUCUAGAAACGGGGUAUUAUUAUUGGAAAUAUGAAGUCAAGGACUGGCAACAUCUCCGUGGUAUUGAGACAUCGCCUCUGAAGGAAAUAAUCACAAAUGAGAAAGAGAUAAAUGAGAAAUAUCCUGGAUUGAUUAAGCAAGCUCUUGUGGACCCGGCCAAGCACGGAUAUCACACUCCAACAUUCGACAAACGAACUUCUUACUUAAACGUUGGAGUCACACAGCGACCGUGGU